UGUACUCCCAGUGCGGGAGACACGGGGCGCGGAGCCUGUUUGAAGUAGUGGGUACCCAAACAUGUCCCGUGGUUCCAGCGCUGGAUUUGACCGGCACAUUACCAUAUUUUCACCCGAGGGCCGUCUCUACCAAGUAGGCUUUAAGAGCCUUCUGUGUGCCGGACACUCUGUUGGUCCUAGGGGAUGCAAACGUGUCACACCCUCUCCUAUAGUGAAGUUCACAGCUUAAAGAGAAUGACAUAUCGUAAACGGAUAAUACGAGGAAAAAAGUGCCAAAUUACAAGUAUAUACCGAGUUCAGGACAUCUUUGGAAAACUGAAUAUGCUUUUAAGGCUAUUAACCAGGGUGGCCUUACAUCAGUAGCUGUCAGAGGGAAAGACUGUGCAGUAAUUGUCACACAGAAGAAAGUACCUGACAAAUUAUUGGAUUCUAGCACAGUGACUCACUUAUUCAAGAUAACUGAAAACAUUGGCUGUGUGAUGACAGGAAUGACAGCUGACAGCAGAUCCCAGGUACAGAGGGCACGCUAUGAGGCAGCUAAUUGGAAAUACAAGUAUGGCUAUGAGAUUCCUGUGGAUAUGCUAUGUAAAAGAAUUGCUGAUAUUUCUCAGGUCUACACACAGAAUGCUGAAAUGAGGCCUCUUGGUUGUUGUAUGAUUUUAAUUGGUAUAGAUGAAGAACAAGGCCCUCAGGUAUACAAGUGUGAUCCUGCAGGUUACUACUGUGGGUUUAAAGCCACUGCAGCAGGAGUUAAACAAACUGAGUCAACCAGCUUCCUUGAAAAAAAAGUGAAGAAGAAAUUUGACUGGACGUUUGAACAGACAGUGGAAACUGCGAUUACAUGCCUAUCUACUGUUCUAUCAAUUGAUUUCAAACCUUCAGAAAUAGAAGUUGGAGUAGUUACAGUUGAAAAUCCUAAAUUCAGGAUUCUUACAGAAGCAGAGAUCGAUGCUCACCUUGUUGCUCUAGCAGAGAGAGACUAAACAUUGUAGUUAGUUUACGAAAUCUAUGACGCCACUUGCCUGUGUGUUUGUUAACAACAGACCAACAUUUUGGAGGCCCCUGGAUUGAAAAAGGAACCUAUCCCACUUCUCCUGCCACUGAAGUGGUUAGGACUCUAUAAAUAAAAACAGUGCUUUUGGAAAAUAA